AUGGUUUUAUUGUAUCUUGAUCUACUUUUACGGAUUUUACUUGAUUGCUGUCUUUUUAUAUUGUCACUCCCAAUUUACUUCGUUUCAUUUUCCUUCCUUUUUUUUUCAUUACUUUUUUUCUUUGUACUCAUUUUCUUCUUUCUUCACACAUUUCUUUUUUUCUUCUUUCAAAUUUUUCUUUCUGUUAAUUUGCUUUCUUCACAUAUUUUCUUUCUAUCUAUUUUCUUAUAUUCUUUUUAUUUUUUCUUUCUUUUAUUUCUUCACCUGUUUCUUUUUCCUUCAACUAUUUUUCUUUCUUUCUUUCUUUCUUUCUUUCUUUCUUUCUCCAGAUCAUUCAUUCUUAGUUCAAGUCUUUCUUUGAUUUCCUCUUAUUCUUCUUGUCUUGUUUUUAUUUUCUCUUUUCUUCAAAUAUUUCUUUUGUCUUUCUUCAACGUUUUCAUUCUUAUUUUAAUUCUUUUAUCAUUUCUUUCUUUCAUUCACUCUUUUUACUUUCUUUUUUCUUCUAUAUUUUAUUCUUCCUAA